AUGGCUGAGGCUGUUACGAACGUGCUUGAGACGAUUGCCGGCCAACUGGCUGACUUGUCACAACCGUUUUCGAGUCUGAGCCUGCUGGAGAAGGAGGAAGAGGAGGAUGCCAAGCGCAUCCGCACAAGUCGCGUAGGAUGGUGGCGCGACUUUUUCCGCAUCCGAGGCUCCACCCUGCCGCGAAUCUGGCGCUCUAUCCUCGGGUUUUCGUUGUGGGCAACAGCAGUUGCCGUUGCGGACCUGGUGUUUGACCGCAAGUUGAGCAUGACGAACAAUGUCACGCCGCUGCUUUCCGUGGUCGUCGGUCUCCUGCUCGUCUUCCGCAACGGGAGCGCCUAUGCGCGGUGGGACGAGGGAAGGAAGACGUUCGCCAAGAUGUCCUCCAUCGCACGCUCGCUCUCCCGUUCAGUCUGGGUCAACAUCGGUGCCCCUCCACCCGUCAAGCCCGCCGGCGCGGACACCUCGCUUAAGCCGCCGUCCAGCACAGUCGAGGAAGGCGUGACGGCAAAGGUGCUCGACGAGAAGGUCAAGGUUUUGCGGCUGAUCGUGGCAUUCGUGGUCGCGACGAAGCACCACGUCAGGCGCGAGUACGGGGUCGAUUGGCCUGACUUCGAGCACAUUCUUUCUCCUCGCUUCAAACAGCGCGCCAGGACGACCGGCUUCGGCUGGGGUGCCGCCGAAGCGGACCACGCAACCACCUCCCACGAGCCCCUCCUCACCGAAAUCCGCCGCGUCUCCUCCAAACGCUCCGCGACGUCGCUCCUCUCAGCUGAAGAAUCGAACAUCGGUGCACCACCGCUUGCGAGUCCGAGGGGUUUUGCCUCGGCGAGGGCAGGGGAGGGGGAGAGGAGGCCGUUGCUGGCGAGGUCGGGAGGGAGAAGGGCGACGUUCGUUAGUACGGAUAGUAUGGUCGUUCUGGCGGACUACAUGGCCAAACCCUCGCUUCCGCUCCCGCUCGUCAUCGCGCACCAACUCAGCAUCUACUUCGCGAGCUGCAAACGACGCGGUCUUCUCGAGAGUAUCGGACCCGCAGGCUACAACGCCCUCUCGGCCUCGGUCAGCCAGCUCGUCGACUGCUUCACGACCGUCGAAGCGCUCGCGCACGUCGGGAUCCCGACCGUAUACGGCAUCCACCUCAAGCAAUGCACCAGUUUGUUCCUGUUGACGCUGCCAUUCGUGCUGUGCGAGUCGAUGGGCUUCACGAUGAUUCCCUUCGUCACCGUCGUCGCGUUCACCCUGACCGGCAUCGAAGCCGUCGCUACCGAAGUCGAGAUGCCCUUCGGCGUCGACGACAGUGACUUGAACCUCGACCUGUUCUGCGCGGAGCUGCGGAACGAGGUCGAGCACAUCAUUUCGCGUCUGCCAGCCAGCACCGACGAGUGGGAGUUGUGA